UUCUCAAACCAGAGCCUUCGGGGCAUAAUACCAUCUAAUAAAACAAAGCCAGCAGCUGCCCGAAGAGCUCUGUAAUAAAACAAAAUUAUUUACAUUUCAAAUUUCUGUAGUAUUUUCUGUAGUUCAAAUAUUCAACCUCUUUCGUACAAGAUGACUUACAAUAACUCCGCCGCUGAUGGUGCUGCUAAAAAGAAGAAGUUCGCGAUCAUCGGUGUUUCAUCCAUCAUCCUCGUAGCCAUGGUGGUGGCUGUUGCCUUCGGUGUCAACGCCGGUAAAGAGAAAACCGUUGCUAGUUCGACACCCUCGUCUGAUAUCUCCACGUCUUCAAAAUCUAUCGAGUCUGCUUGCCAAGUUACUGAUUACCCAGAAACCUGUAAGGACAGUCUGAAGAAAGUCGCCGGUAACACCAGCGACCCACAUCAGCUGGUUCAGGCUGGUUUUCAGGCGGCCAUUGAGUCACUUAAAGUCGCCAUUGAUAACUCUACAACGUUGAAGGAGGUGGCCAAGGAUCCCAUGGCUAAGAAAGCUCUGGACAAUUGUAAGGUGUUGAUGAACACCGCUAUCACCGAUCUUGAAACUUCAUUCAAACAGGUUGGAGAUUUUGAGAUCAGCAAAGUCGAUGAGUACGUCGCUAACCUCAAAAUCUGGCUCAGCGCCACCAUCACCUAUCAACAGACUUGCUUGGACGGAUUUGAAAACACCACCGGACCGGCGGGACAGAAGAUGAAGGACAUUCUGAAAACAUCUAGCCAGCUUACCAGCAAUGGACUCGCCAUGGUUGGUGGGCUCUCUUCAGUUCUUCAGAAUUUGGAUCUUGGAUUUUCCGGCCGUAGGCUUUUGGAGCAAGGCGGUGAUGAUUUCCCAGCAUGGCUUUCUCCGGCUAGAAAGAGACUUCUUGCUCAGACUCCGGCCACACUCAAGCCUAACAUCAUCGUUGCUAAAGACGCAACUGGACAAUUCAAAACCAUCGCUGACGCAAUCAAAACUAUUCCCAUCAACUCGCCAACUACUUUUGUUGUCUACGUUAAAGCAGGAGUGUACAACGAGAGCGUCACCAUCGCAAGGACCAUGACCAAUAUUUUGUUGAUCGGUGACGGUCCUACUAAGACUAAGAUCACCGGAGACCUCAGCUUUGCCGGUGGAAUCCCCGCUCUGAAUACAGCAACAGUUUCAAUCAACGGAAACAACUUCAUGGCCAAGGACAUCGGAUUUGAGAACACAGCCGGACCUGAAGGACAUCAAGCGGUGGCAUUGAUCGUAGAAUCCGACAUGUCAGUCUUCUACAACUGUCAAAUUGAUGGGUUCCAGAGCACACUCUACGCCCACACCUACCGUCAAUUCUACCGUGAUUGCUCCAUCAGCGGCUCCAUCGACAUCAUCACCGGUGACGCCGCCGCAGUAUUCCAGAACUGCAAGCUUGUAGUAAGGAAGCCACUAGAUGACCAAAGCUGUUUCAUCACAGCUCAGGCAAGGAACAACACCCGUCAGCCAACAGGAUUCGUCCUCCAAAACUGCACCAUCUCAGGCGACAAAGAUUACUUGCCAGUCAAGGAUGUUAGCCCAACUUUCUUGGGCCGUCCAGUGAAGGAGUUCUCUAGGACUGUCGUCAUGCAAUCACAACUCGACGACAUAAUUGACCCCGCAGGAUGGGCAUCGUGGAUGGGUACUUUGGGAACCGACACUUGCUCAUUUUCUGAGUAUGGGAACAGAGGACUUGGUGCUAAGCUGACCGGAAGAGUUACGUGGAAGGGCAUUGUGAAGCUGGCUCCCCUCGAUGCUGAAAAUUUCACCGCCGGCAAGUUCCUACAGGGAGACAAAUGGAUUCCGGCCACCGGAGUUCCUUACUCUGCUGGGAUGAUGGUAGUGUAAGAGAAGUAAAGGAGGAACGGAACACACAAAUUGUUUUGAGGAUUUUCAACAACGGGCAAAAGCUUCGAAUUUUGUGGAGGAAUUCCUUCACAAGCAGAAUAUCUGUACAAUUCAUUACGAAGAUUUUGUCUCGUUGUUUUCUCUAAGAAUGUUAUUGAAUUAUUAGUUCUUUUUUUGUUGGAGUUUUGUUUAAUAGAAACACAUUUGAUUA